UCAUUCCAUAUACUAGAAGGUUUAGGAUAGAUUCAUAACAUCCUUUCUGCAACAGUCUUGAAGGUGCAAGCCGGCUUUUGUACGGCAACCCGAAAAGCCUGAUUUAGGCGCUAAAAAACCCCUUUAUUUUAGCGAUCGUCUAUUUAAUAAGGGCGCAAAUAACAGUCCUUCUGAGUUCCGUGAAGUAAAAAAUCACAGCCUGCUGGAAUGUUUUUUUUGCUUCGGCCUGCUUUUGUUGUGCUUAAUAUGUAUUCAUGAAUAUCUAGAAUUACUGCGCUUCAUCCAAACUCAAGUCGCUCUUGACUUUGUCAUUGGGAGGCACAGGUGCAUUCGCUACGUUUUGUAUUCUUAAAGGUGAGCAGCGAUUUUACGAUAAUUAUUUAAUGCCAAUGGUACAUCGUACACUCGAACCCGAAAAUGCACAUCGCGCUGGAGUGUUGCUUGCGAAAUAUCGGAUCCUGCCUAAUUGGAACACCGAUUACCCCGAACUGAAAACUCGACUUUUUGGAAUCGACUUCAGGAGUUGCGUAGGUCUUGCAGCUGGAUUUGAUAAAGAUGGCGAAGCCGUGAACGGAUUGUUUGAUUGGGGAUUCGGUUUUGUUGAGGUCGGUUCAGUCACUCCAAUGCCCCAGCCGGGUAAUGAGCGGCCGAGAGUUUUCCGCCUUCCAAAGGACCAAGCCAUCAUUAACAGAUAUGGUUUCAACAGUUGUGGUCAUGAAGAACUGGAUAAGACUUUGUUUAGUCCUAAGCGCAAACCCAAGGAAAUUGUUGGCAUUAACCUGGGCAAAAACAAAACCAGCGAGGACGCAGCCGCUGACUAUUCAAAAGGUGUGUUGAAAUUUGGAGAAAAAGCUGAUUAUCUUGUCGUGAAUAUUUCGUCUCCGAACACAUCAGGUCUACGACAACUGCAGAGCAAAAAUCAGCUGAAAGAGCUCCUUUCUAAGGUGAUUUCCACAAGAAACAGCCUUUCCGUCAAGGUGCCGAUUCUCCUUAAAAUCGCACCGGAUCUCUCGGACGAAGAUAAAAAAGAUAUUGCUGAAGUGAUAUUGAUGAGUGAGUGUCAGGUAGAUGGUCUAAUAAUAUCAAACACUACAAUUCGACGACCAAAGGAACUCGCUUCGGCAGGCUCCGAUGAAAUCGGGGGUCUCAGUGGAAAACCAAUACAUGCACUGUCGACAGUAGCCAUAUCCGAUAUGUUUCUUUUAACUAAGGGCAAGAUACCUAUUAUUGGGGUUGGAGGUAUCUCAACCGGAGAGGAGGCUUACGCAAAAAUUAAAGCUGGAGCUAGCAUGGUUCAAGUGCUCACCACUCUUAUAUAUAGGGGUCCACCAGUAGUCGAGACGAUCAAAGCUGAGAUGGUGAAGUGUCUCAAGGAAGAUGGUUACACAAAUGUUACCGAAGCCGUUGGAGCAGAUCAUCAGAUAGACGCCAUCGUCUCCAAGUUAAUUACGAUCAAGUAAAUAUUGUCAAUCACCAUGACCCACUUCAGGCUUGGGAAAACGUAGCAACAUUUCAUAAGAUAGUAAAAAAAGCCAAUUAAAAUAUAUGUGUAUCACACCGUGCCCUGAACCAGAUUGAAAACAUUAAGCAAGCACGCUAAAACUAAUGAGUCUACCAGAACAACUGUGGUGAUGAAGUUCGCGAUACUGAAUAGAAAUUAACUGUAGUUAAGUGAAGUUACGAUUAUUGCCAGUGAGCCACUAGGUUGCUGAAAUGCCAGAAUUUGUAUCCCACCCAUUUAAUAUAUAUAUAUAUAUAUAAUGUUUUCAUGUAUAUUGGGAAUUGGUUAACAAUGAAAAAAACUUGGCCUUUUCUUGAACUUAUAAUCAGUGUAAACUGCCAUGGUAUCACCGAUAAAGCUGUCUUAUCCUAGCUUAGCAGCACUCCUGUACCGCUAUUGUCGCCAAAGCGAAUCGAUGGUGUUCUUAAAAGAUGUUGUGAUCUCUGAGUAUGCGUAACUGUAUACGGGUCGAACACGAUUCCCGUGUUAAAAGAAGGAAACCGUUCCUUAGCAACGGCCAUAGAUGUAUGUGGAUUGUAUGCAGAUGAAACCUGAAUAUGAUAUGUUACCAUAGUGCUAAUGCUUAUAGUAUAACAAUACUUUUACCUGAUGGAAAAUCGAAGAAUGAAGUGGAUCAUAGCAGAAAAAACCAUUAAUAUAAAAAGUUUGAUUAUUAUUACGCGUACUAUAGGGUGUACGGAAAAAUAGUUUUUUCACUUAUUUGGUAAUCGAAUCACGAGU